AUUUCUAAACUGCAGCGUUUGCAGGCGGCUGUGAAAGAGCUGAAGUGAAAGUCUGCAGCUCACACUGACCCUCGGUGCUGAUCUAGACACCAUGAAGACUGCACCUGUGGCUCUGCUCCCCGGUGUGUGUGUGCUGCUGCUGUCUGCAUCAACUGUUUCUGCAGUGUCUCUGUCUGUCAGUCCAAACCUUCAGCAGGUCUUCAGUGGAUCCUCUCCAGUGUCUCUGAGCUGUGAUGAUGGAUGGACGGUGAGGAGGACCAGAGGAAACCAGACUGAUGAGUGUGGACCAGCGGCAGACUUCAGGAGACUUAAUGAGUCCUUGUGUGUUCAGGACUUGCAAACAACCUUCACAGCGAUUUACUGGUGUGAAACCAGUUCUGGGCAGAAGAGUGAUGAAGUCACCAUCAGUGUUUCAGAAAAAGGAGUGAUCCUGGAGAUCCCGGCACUUCCUGUGAUAAAAGGAAGUAAUCUCACUCUGCGUUGCAGGCUCAGCACUGGUGACACGGUGGCAGCUUACUUCUUCUACAGUGGACGUCAUCUUGUAUCUGGACAUAAAGAGCACACCAUCUCCAACGUGCAGCAGUCUAAUGAGGGUUUCUACUGGUGUGCUACUGAUCUGAGUGGAUCAUCUGCUCAUAGCUACCUGAGGGUCAGAGAUCCCCCGACGACCUCCGUCAGAUCAUCUGUCCAUUCUCGUGAAACCAUGUCCCCCAUUCCCUCUCUUCCCCCUCCUCCCACCAACUGUUCCUCACCUCGUCCUCCUCCUGCUCCUUCUUCCUGUGCGCCUGUGUUGAGACUCCUCUCCCACCUGCUGGCCUUUUGUAUUUACUCCAUCACCACCGGCCUGCUGCUGUCCAUCUGCUUGGACCGGCUGGCCACCAGGCGCUCAGGAAACAGACUUCCCGUCUCCGUGGAGAUGACCCAGUGCAUUGAACAAAACUACGAGGCGGUGGUUGACAUCACAGGUGAGCGCGCGCUCUACGAGGACUCUGAAUACUCUGAAUGAGUCUGCUGCUCUGACUCCGGUAACGUUUCAUCACAUGUGAGCAGAGGGAAGCGUCCAUCAUGCGGGAAGCUCCAGCUUCUCAUUUCUCAGACUGCACAUGUGAUACUGUUUCCUUCCCGCUCCUCACAGUCACUUCCUGAAAGAUUUUUUACUAAAUCAUGUCACGUACUGUGGACAUGCCUUUGUUCAGAGUCCAGGGUUUUCCCCCCUGCUCUCUGCUCACUCUCCUGUUGACUCUUUGAAUCGCAGCUUUUGUGUAUCGGCUCACAGAUGAACGUCUGAUGUUGGAGGUUAAACUGCUGUAACAGUGAAGCCCAGAGAGGGUUUCCCACUUUUACUAAUAACAUAACGUUUCAAUCUGUAUAUGUUUAACUUUACACCUUGUAACAGUUUAAUGCUGGAACUAUUUUCUCUGUACUGUCUUCAUCCGCCAGCCAUAUAACAGCUGGAUGAUGUUACAGCUCAGCUGAUGGGGGGGGAAGCUUCCUGUGGUGUUGUCAUGCCAUGUUCUCUACAGUCAUACAGCCACACUGUGGAAACUAAAACUCAAGACUAAAACCAACUGUGAAGAAAAUAUUGUCAUCACAUGAUAUAAAAUUAACUAAACUAAAACAACUGAAACAAUAUUGGAAAAAAAUAAAAUGAUAUAUUAAAAUAAUCCUAGACUUUUGUUGAGGUUUUUUUUAACAGAAUUAUUCAGAGGAGGCUUUAGUUUAGUUGAGCUUUGAUGUAAUUAUGAGUCACGUUUUUAUGUCUUCAUGCAUUUUCUAAAUUCCUAAAUGCGCCCCAGACGAGUGCCAUAAUAUUAGAGUUAGCCUGCUUUUAUUAGUGGACACAUAUCAGCUGAAUAACAGAAUCUGCUAUUUAACACUUUUUUAACUUCGUCAUGGUUUUUAACUGCUAUUAUGCGUGAAACUGCCCAUAGGCCGGAGGGUGAACUGUAACCUAACCGACUCAGAGACAAGCGCAAACAAGUUUAACUCUUCAAAGCUCACGUUACCACACAGUUAUGAUGUUUUUAUUCUCUUUCAUCAUUUUGAUCUUCUUACAUUCUCACAUUUCAUCAUGUUUCCAGCCCGAGUCUCUUACAUGACACACACUCCUGCAGUUCACUUUGUUCACUGUUACUAAGGUGAAAACCCAGCAGAGUUUCAGUCUGACACUUAUUUAAAACCAUCACCGCCCACAAUGACCGAGAAACUUUAGUUUUCUAUGUAAUUUUAUAAAAUGCUCCAUUUAAAGGAAACAACAUUUACUGGAUUGGCAUACAUUCAGUUUAACACAUUUGAAAACAUUUUCAUUAAUUAUUUAAAUAGACAAAUAAUUUAAAAAAUAUACAUUUUAGUUGCAUUUUUUUCUAAAUGUUUGCUUCAUGCUUUUUAGACGCAGCUGACUCGGAGAGCUCACAGAUAAACCACGUGCAGCACUUUAUAAUAAAGUUAUACUAUUAAACAUUAGUGAGUAUUAGCAAAUGCUUCAUUACUGAGUCACUCAUAAAUACAGACAUGUUGUUACUGUUAGAGUUGCUGAUAUCAGCUGUUACUGCUGCUGAUAAUCAUGAUCACAGUCAUAAUAACACAUCUGUGUUUAUCUGUGUUCAUAAAGGUAAACUAAGGAGCAGUAAUGGUAUAUAGAAGAUUGAUAAGACAUACACUAAACUGUAUUUAUACACAUCUAUAUAAAUGUACACAGAGUACUCCUUAUAAACUUUGUAAACAAACGUCACAUCUGUGGUGGUCAUUUUUAACACUUGGUUUGUGUUUUUGUGUCUCUCGUCUGACCAGAAUCCUGAACUGAGAUCAGUAAAUAAAGCUUGUUUCCUCUUA